UUGUGUAAACAUUAUUGUUUACCAUUUUCUACCUUACAUUACAUUACAAUGGCCACUCCUUCUAGGCUGAGGCCGAAUGAAUUUCAAGCAGGGACAGCUGUAAUUCCUUCGACCAAAGUAGAAAUAAGCGUAUCUUGCAGGAACUUACGGGAUCUUGAUGUCUUUUCCAAGUCUGAUCCUCUCUGUGUGUUGUAUAUCCAAGACCUUCUCACUCGCAAGUAUAUAGAGGCUGGGAGAACUGAGAUAAUUAAGGACAACCUAAAUCCAGAAUUUGCUAAAAAAUUUAUCGUGGACUACAAUUUUGAACAAUGUCAAAGAUUAAAGUUUGAGUUGUAUGAUGUGGACUCUUCAAGUCACAGACUUGAACAACAUGACUUUCUGGGCUAUGCUGAAACAACUUUGGGAGAAAUAAUUGGAGCUCCUGGAGGAUGCAUUUUAAGAAAAUUGCAAAACAAAGUUCCAGGAAACUUUGGAGAAGUUAUUUUAAGAGUAGAAGAAUUGACUUCAAAUAAGGAAGUAAUAACUGUUCAAUUCAGGGGAAGCAAUCUGGACCAAAAAAAUUGGUGGGGGCUGUUUGGAAAAUCUGACCCAUUUUUGACAUUUUAUAGAGCAAAUGAAGACAACAGCUACACAGUGGUUCACAGAACUGAAGAAGUACAGCGCACACUAAACCCAACCUGGAAAACAUUUACCAUUCCUUUGAAAACGUUAUGUAAUGGUGAUUAUAACAGGUCCGUCAAAAUAGAAUGUUAUGACUGGAAUGCUAAUGGCAGCCAUGAGCUGAUUGGUUAUUUUAUAACAAAUGUAAAUGAAAUUCUGAACUGUGAUAAACAUACUGCUUUUGAGUUGAACAACCCUAAAUCAAAGAAACAUAAAAAGGCUGGAGAGAUCUACGUUGUUAGUUGUGUCAAAGAUAUAGAAAUCACUUUCAUUGACUACAUCAGAGGAGGGAUGCAGAUGAAUUUUACAGUAGCCAUAGAUUUUACAGCUUCAAAUGGUAAUCCAACAAGUCCAGAAUCUCUGCAUUAUAUUAACCCAUACCAACCUAACCAGUAUGCUGCAGCUAUAUCAGCAGUUGGGGAAAUCAUCAAGGACUAUGACAGUGAUAACAUGUUUCCUGCCUUGGGUUUUGGUGCUAGAAUGCCUGAUGGUAAUGUCUCACAUGAAUUUCCCUUGAAUUUUCAGAUGAACAAUCCAUUCUGUGCUGGGAUUGAAGGAAUUUUGCAUGCAUACCAAAAUGCUCUGCUCAGAGUGCAGUUAUAUGGACCAACAAAUUUUGCUCCUGUGAUAAACCAUGUUGCUAGAUUUGCAUCAUCCAUACGUGAUGGUUCUGAAUACUUUGUCCUUCUUAUAAUUACUGAUGGUAUUAUUACUGAUCUGCCACAAACAACAGCUGCUAUUGUAAAUGCCUCAACGUUACCAAUGUCAAUUAUCAUCGUAGGAGUUGGUCAGGCUGAUUUUGCUGAAAUGAGAUAUCUUGAUGGAGAUGAUGAACGGUUGUGUUCCCAGGGCCGUUAUGCUGAGAGAGAUAUCGUUCAGUUUGUAGCAUUUCGUGACUUCUUAACAGGAAGAGGUAGCAUGGAUGUGUCUCGAGCUUUGCUAGCAAAAGAAGUUCUUGCAGAAAUCCCUGAUCAAAUAUUAUCUUACAUGAACCGUUACAGAAUCAAACCCAAACCACCCUUACCAAGCCCUAUUCCUCAACACAGAACAUUUCCACAGGCAAAUCUUCCCAAGAAUGAUCGUUCCAUACCUUUAGAACCUCCUCCUCCGUAUGUUCCAUAAAAUGAACUACUUCUUAAAUUUAUGGACAUUUUAACUACAGUCAUUUUCUUCUUUCUGUUUUAAAAACUGCUAACAAUUUUUUAAAUAAUAAUAAACCUGACUAAUCAUUGUCUUAUAAGAACUUUUUUAACUACAUGAAUAAAUAUUCACAGCAGCAUUAUCUAGCAUUAAAUUGUAUCUCAUGAAUUAAUAACAAUUUUAGUUGUAAUAAAUCCAAGGCUUGCUAGCUGUUCCAAUUACUAUUCAACAUGCCAAUUUUUAAGAGUAUUUUAAUUUUGCUAUUUGGUUAUACCACAAAAAUAUACCAGUUUUGUUCAUUAGGAAAAGUUUAAAAAAAAAAAAGCAUGUCAGUGGAUUGCAUGGAAGAGUUAAGUCAAACUCUGAGGUUUCCUUUGCCUAUGGGUGAACAACUCCAUUUGCUAAAAGGUUAGAUAAAUAUAUAGAUAUUAUUCUUUUGCUGUCAAUUGCUGCAAUUUCUGUCCAAAAUAUAUUGUUUUUCCUUUUUUGCCCACAAAAUAUUGUUUUUCCUUUCAAGAGGCAUUGUGUUUAAAACAGCCUCAAACUAUUAUUGAUUUAAAAUGGAAUUACAUUAGCAUGGUGGACAGUGUAUUUUUAUGUUUAUUUUUAUAUAUUUUUAUAAGCUCAUUUUUAAAACAAUUAUUUUGUAUGCUAAUACAUUUUUGUAAUAAAACAAUAACUUAGUUAUAACUUUUUACAAAACUUUUGUCACAUAAAAAAAUCAUAAUAAAUUUAAUAAUCAUAUGUGAAUGUCUUCAUUAAAAAAACAAGUUGGCUUUUUACAUUAUAUUUAAUAAUACAUGAUAUCAUAAUCUUUUAAGAGGGUACAAUAUUUUAAUUUUCAAUUAAAAUAUUCAAGACUUAAAAUUGUAUAACUUCAUUUAAUAGUUCAAUUGUAAUUUCCAAAACAAAAAAUAAUAGAUCCAGCUAUAAAGUAGGUUCUUAAAGGUUUCAUUGUUGAUACAUUUAGUAGCACUGAAGCAGAAGUCACUUAUUUAUGUUUUGCCUACUACUGCUUUCUUACAAAUGUUUUAUUUGCUCAUUUUAAAAUGAAAAUUUUCAUUCAGAUUUUAUUUUUAGUGAGUGCCUCCAAAGAUUUAUAUUAUAUGUGUGUAUAUAUAAAUAAAUAAAUAAACAAAUAAAAUUAUAAUUACAGUGCCAACAAUUGAUUCUUACAAAUUUAGUCAAUUGAUUUGUGUAUUAAGCUUAAAGUUUAACAUUUAUAUUUUAUUAAAUGAAAAAAAAGUUUUAAAACUGCUGUAUGCUGUUGCCAUUUUUUAAAUUGUGCUUAAAAUUUUGUUUUUGUUGUGUGAAAUUACUAUUAAUGGUUGUUAUUCUACAAAAACAAGUUCAGAUUUGUAAAUAAAAUAAUUAGAAUAUGGUGUAUUUUUUCAUUAUCAUAAAUUUACACUAAAAUGUUUAUGUUCGAUUCUUUAACAAUCUAAGGAAAAGUCUUUCUAGCUUAUAUUUAAUAAAUAAUACAAUACAUUUUAGGACAAUUAUCAUUUUGUUUUAUAACAUCUUAAAUAUACUAAAACUAGUAAGAAAUCAAUUAUUUUAACAAAGUAAAUCAAGGAAAUAUAAAUAUUUAGAUUAAUUUUUGAUGUCAUGCACAGUAGGACCUUAGAUAAUAAUAAUAUUUUUUGUUUGUGCUGAAAAAUAUAUUAAUUUUUUGUUUGUGAAACUAUCUUUCAUAUAAUAUUUAAAAAAAAAUACUGUUUCAGUUGUAGAUCUGUAAAACUAAUAAGCAUGAAUAGUUAAUUAGUUUUAGCUUUUAUUUUCAAUUCUCAAACUUUUAAUUAAAACCUGCUAUUAUGACAUAAACAGUAGUCCAACAUUGUGAUCAUUUAUAACUUUUGUAACUUUAUUUCUAAAUGAUGCACCUAUUUUUCUUUGUUGUUCAUUCAUUAUUCAAUAAUUUUUUAGAUGUAUAAAAAAAUUAUUUGUAUAUAUUGAAUAAUGUCUGGUUGUGCCUUUUUAUGUUAAAUUUGUUUAAUGCAGUAAAGAUAUUUAAUAUCAAUUAAAAAAUUUUUUGCUAGUUUUUUUCUAUUAUUUAUCCAUUAAUAUGAAGCCUUUUAAAUGCUUUCAUUAAAUAAUUCAGCUCUAGUUGUGGUUAAAAUACCUUUCUUAAAGCAGGCUAAAAAAUGUGUAUAAGAUAUGCAUAAAAUACUAAUGUUGACCCAGUGGUAUAUUCAGAAUGGGUGCCACAUGUUUAACUUAGUUUAGGGGUCUCCAAAUUUUCUUUUAUAUACAACAGCAAAUUUUUUAUCCUGCUUUUUCAACAUGCCUGGAAUUUUUUUUAAUGGUUUCAAAAUUAUCAAAGCAAAUACACAUUUAAACCCCUCUCUCAAAUUUACUUUUAAAAAUACCUCACACCCUUUCCCUUCAGAUUUCUUUCAGGUUAAAAGUUAUUUUACAACAUUUUCUUGCC